UUUGCCACUUGAUUUGUUUGAGCGUUUGAACGUGCGCGUGGUGUGGUGUGAUCGUGGAACUUGUUCUGUUUUAGUUUAUUAUUAUUUCAAUCAAAAUGAAGGGUGAUAAGAAAGUAGACCUCCAGGCUCUUAAAGAUAUUGCCAAUAAGUUGAGAAUCGACAGUAUCGUAGCCACAAAUGCAUCAAAAUCCGGUCACCCGACAUCAUGUGCAUCGAUGGCCGAGAUCAUGUCAGUGUUGUUCUUCCACACCAUGAAGUACAAGAUUUCAGCACCGAGAGACGCUUCAGCUGACAGAUUUAUACUAUCCAAGGGUCAUGCAGCCCCCAUAUUAUACGCGGCUUGGGCUGAAGCUGGUCUCUUCCCGGUUGAAGACCUAAAGAACCUACGGAAAUUGGACUCUGACCUUGAAGGUCACCCAACUCCUCGUCUCAACUUUGUAGAUGUAGGUACUGGCUCCCUUGGUCAAGGGCUUGCUGUAGCUGCCGGCAUGGCUUAUGUCGGGAAAUACUUUGACCAGGCUCCUUACAGGGUGUACUGUCUUGUUGGAGACGGUGAGGCUGCUGAAGGCAGUGUAUGGGAGGCAUUGCACUUCGCCGGCCACUACAAAUUAGACAAUCUUGUGGUCAUCUUUGAUGUCAACAGGCUUGGACAAUCUGAACCAACCUCACUACAACAUCAGAUGGAUGUUUAUGACGCCCGUGUGAAGUCCUUUGGUCUGCACUCUCUGGUAGUGGAUGGUCAUGAUGUCUCUGAGCUCGUGAAGGCCUUUGAUGAAGCAGCCUCCGUCUCUGGAAAACCCACCGCCAUCAUUGCCAAGACCUACAAGGGUAGAGGAUUCCCCAACAUUGAGGAUCAAGACAAUUGGCAUGGAAAGGCUUUGGGGGGUGAUGGGGAGAAGAUUAUCAAGCAUCUGCAAUCCUUGAUAAAGAACCAGACCAUAACAUUGAAACCGGCUCCCCCCGUGUCAGCUGCCCCACAAGUGCAUAUCGCGGAUGUGACCCUUUCUUCCCCACCAGCCUACAAGAAGGGAGAGCUUGUCGCCACAAGACUUGCGUACGGAACUGGUCUAAAGAAGAUCGCUGAUACUAACCUCAGAGUCAUCGCCUUGGAUGGCGACACAAAGAACUCAACAUUCAGUGACAAGCUGAGAGCUGCCUACCCAGAGAGAUACAUCGAGUGCUUCAUAGCGGAGCAGACGUUAGUUGGUGUGGCGACGGGAGCCGCGUGUCGUGACCGCGCUGUUGUCUUCGCCUCCACUUUUGCCGCUUUCUUCACCAGAACUUUCGACCAGAUCCGUAUGGGCGCUAUCAGCCAGUCGAAUAUUAAUUUGGUGGGGUCCCACUGCGGUGUUAGUAUUGGAGAAGAUGGACCGUCUCAGAUGGGUCUUGAAGAUAUCGCUCUCUUCCGUGCUGUGCCAACUGCCACUGUCUUCUAUCCUAGUGACGCAGUAUCAACAGAGCGUAGCGUGGAGUUGGCUGCCAACACCCGCGGCAUCUGCUACAUCCGUACUUCACGACCCAACACCGCCAUUAUUUACGAUAAUGACACCGUUUUUAAGGUGGGUGAAGCCAAGAUUGUCCGUGAGUCCGCCAAGGACAGCAUUUUGCUGAUCGGUUCUGGGGUAACUUUGCAUGAGGCGCUCGCCGCCGCUGAUCAAUUGCAACAGCAAGGCAUCAACGCACGUGUGCUGGACCCGUUCACAGUAAAGCCCUUGGAUGAGGCCGCUGUAAGAGCUCACGCGCACGCUGUUGGUGGAAGAGUGCUAGUCGUUGAAGACCACUACCAGGCUGGUGGUCUCGGUGAGGCGGUCUUGUCCGCUCUGGCUCUGGAACGUUCAGUGGUCGUACAGCAUCUCUACGUAAAGGAAGUCCCACGUUCAGGUCCGCCCCAGGCUCUACUCGACAAAUAUGGAAUUUCAUCCAAAAACAUUGUUCUCGCAGCUGGCAAACUACUGGCUGUUUAAAUGCUGCAAACCUAACUGACCGAACACUAGGUGGAGGUCAAAUAUGUUUGUGUCAUUUAUUAUUGGUUUAAAAGUCUUUUUAAAAAGGUCUGAUCUAGCAUUUAAAAUAAGAAAAUAUGUUAAAAAUGAGAGUUGAAAUUCUGAAUUCAUUCCAAACUGCAAUAUUAAGCCAAAAUGCUAUUGUUCCUGUUAAAUUUCAACCAUAGACUAUGCCGUUGACUAUGGUUUCGUUCCUUAUUCACC